AUGAAAGCUGCUUGUCUAUUUUACAAUUAGAAAAGUAAUUAAUUCUUAUGUAUUUUAGCAUAUCUUGGGCCAACAAUAUUUAUGGUUGUGCAGAUUGGUUUACAUGUAUGGGCAUACAAAGAAUUCCUUUUGUAUUAUUAUAUUUUUGGGUUGUUAUAUUAAUGAACUAUCAACUAGACCUUUAAUGUUUGCUUCAUGUGGAUUAUAUUUUAUAGUUCGAAUCAAAGAUCCUGGAACUAUUCCAAUAGUUAAAGUAGAAAUUCCACUUGAGAACAAUUAAAUUGAAGUAUAGAUUGAAAAUAACGUAAAAAGAGAAGUACUUAAUGCUUAAGCAAAUGAUGAAUCUAAUGGUUAGAUUUCAUUAGAUCAAUUCAAAGAUGGUCCAGAUAAUGACAACACAAUUUAAAAGUAAAAUAUAAUUUCAUAUAAUUUUUAGAUAUUAUCCAGAAUAAUAAUAAUAAUAAUAAGUUGAUAAUCAACACAUCUUAUCAGGUAGAGGAAUGCUUUCAUCUCCUUCAUCUGAAUAAGCAAAAAUAAAUACUCCAAAUAAAUAAACUUGUAUUAGUACUUCAAAUGCAGUAAGUCCACCAAUUUUAGCAGCAGAAAAGAGAUUUUGUAUGCAAUGUUUAAAUGAAUAACCAAUGAGAGCCAAACAUUGUUAAUAUUGUAAGAAAUGUAUUCCAAUGUUUGAUCAUCAUUGUCCUUGGAUUGGUAUUUGUAUAGGAGAAAAGAAUAAAUUGAUAUUUCUUAUUUAUUUAUUUGUUCAAAUUGCUCAAUUAAUAGUAGGGAUAAGAAUUUCAGUUCAAAAUAUUGGAUUACUUGUAGUUAUGGGGAUUAUUGUAAUCUUAUUGAUAACUCUAUUUGGAUUUCAUGCAUUUUAUGUAGCCAAAAAUAUUACAACAUGUAAAGUGAUCAAUAAUAUCAGGGGAAUAUUUGAGUUGGAAAAGGAUUUCGUAUAUUGACCAAAAUUCUAGGUAUCCAUUUGACAAAGGUGUG